CUGUUCUCUCCAUACAACCCUUCUUUUUCAGGCACAAAAGCAAUCAGUAAACUUAGCAGCCAAUUCUUAUUAUGUACCAGAAUCCAGUUCCAAGAGUUAUUUGAACUUUGGCGCCGCUGUCAGUGAGGUGGAGAUUGAUAUUCUGACUGGAGAGACUGCCAUUUUGCAGUCGGAUAUUAUUUACGACUGUGGGCAGAGCUUGAAUCCAGCCGUUGAUAUGGGACAGAUUGAAGGGGCUUUUGUAAAAGGAAUCGGAUUUUUCAUGCAUGAAGAAUAUCUUACGAAUGAAGACGGGUUAAUGGUCUCAAAUAGCACUUGGACAUACAAGAUCCCGACUAUUGACACCAUACCUAAGAAUUUCAAUGUUCAUGUGUUAAACAGUGGACAUCACGAGAAACGUGUUCUCUCGUCCAAAGCUUCUGGUGAACCACCGCUGCUUCUGGCAGCUUCAGUCCAUUGUGCGACAAGAGCAGCUGUUAAAGCAGCACGUGAACAGCUCAAACUAUGGGACAAGCUCGACGAGUCUGUUUCAGAAUUCUAUCUGGACGUCCCCGCCAUAUUACCAGUUGUGAAGACACAGUGUGGCCUGGAUUAUGUGGAGAAGUACUUGGAAAAUUUGCUGGCUCAGAAUUCUUAACUAAAAGUGCUUCAACAAAUCUCCAAUAAUACUGUACUAUGUUG